UCAAUAGAAGGCAAUGGUGGAAAGGUGAGAAGAGCAGACUUUGGACCUGACUCCCCUUGCGCUCCUUCUUGGACUCAGCAGCAGCACAUCGCUUCGUGUGCCUUCUUUCAUAGAAAUAUGAAAAUUGAUUUUGCGCCUGUGGACGUGCCCCUCCAGAGGAGGCUGCAGACCGCUGCAGUGGUACAGUGGGUCUUCUGCUUCCUGGGUCUGGCACCCACCUGCAUCAUCUUGUUUUUGUACCUGAUCUUCACUCGCUUCUGGCUGAUCAGUGUGCUGUACGCCAUCUGGUGGUACUACGACUACGACACCCCUGCACGCGGAGGUCGCAGAGUGCCCUUUUUGUGUGGUAUGAAAAUGUGGGAGCACAUGCGAGAUUACUUCCCCAUCAAGUUGGUGAAGACAGCUGACCUGGACCCCAGAAACAACUACAUCCUGGGCUUCCACCCUCAUGGGGUGCUGGUGGCAGGAGCCUUCACCAACUUCUGCACCUUCGCCACAGGCUUCCCGCAGCUGUUUCCGGGCCUCACCAGCUACCUGCUCAUGCUGCCUCUGUGGUUCAGGGCCCCAUUCUUCAGAGACUACAUCAUGUGUGCUGGUCUGAUUCCAUCUGACAAAGAGAGUGCCAGCUAUCCACUCCGCAAGAGGCGAGGUGGUACUGCUGUUGUGAUAGCUGUCGGUGGGGCCCCAGAGGCCCUUGAUGCCCAUCCUGGUACCUUCAAUGUGCUCUUGGCCAAUAAGAAGGGCUUCGUCAAAAUGGCAAUGGAGCAUGGAGCCCACCUGGUGCCAGUUUUCUCCUUUGGUGAGAACGAAGUGUUUGAUCAAGUGGAAAACCCCAGAGGGACCUGGCUUCGGUGGAUACAGGAACGGCUGCAAAGCAUCAUGGGUAUAUCGCUGCCUCUGUUCCAUGCUCGUGGCAUUUUCCAGUACUCCUUUGGCCUGAUGCCCUACAGACAACCCAUCCAUACAGUCGUUGGCCGGCCAAUUAGGGUGGAGAAGAAGCUGAGGCCAACGGCAGAGGAACUCGACGCCCUCCACCAGCUGUAUAUGGACGAGCUCAGCAAUUUGUUUGACGAGCACAAAGGCAACUACGGAGUAGACAAGGACGUCCAUCUGAAUUUUGUGUGACCCUGACCUGGAAAUAAGGCGAAUUGAAUGGUUAUUUAUUAGCAAAGCUCUGGUGCUGCAUGUUCAGAUGCUUUUCCCUUUUGAUCUGAAUUAGCUCUAAACAGGCUUUUCAUUUAAAUCCCAGUGAAUUUAUCACUUACAGAGCAAUGCUUCCUGAUGUGUCAGUCAGUGUUGGAUACAGCUACACUGUAAAAAUGAUUGCCUUAUCUUUGAUUUACUUUACUUGUUGUUUUUGUAUGGUUAAUUACUUCAUUUUUAUUUUGUCUAUUGCUAAAUAUAGUUUGAGUAAUUUUUUUAAAUAAAGGUUUAUGUAUAAAUGUUUGUUGUGUGGAUGUGAUUCAGAUGCAAACAGUCAUUAAAGUACUUUGAACCUAAACUCUGUCCCAUCCUAACGACUGUUUCCUGCUGCAUAAAAAGCGUUUUAGCUCAUUCUCUUAGAUCUGGGUGGCAUUUUUGCGCCAAUAGCCCCUCUUUGUUUUGCAGACAUCAUAAAGACAACAUGUGAGACUGGCCACCAGUCACCUACUGAAGCAGAUUAGGCCACGCGUGCACACGCAGCCAUGAACGUUGUGACCCCUGCAAGCCCCUGCUGGCUAGAUCCUAUGUGUAGUCCAGAUAAUCUCCCAGUGAGACAGUGCAGAAGAUUGUCCCAAAAAACUCACAGUAACCAGGUCUGAAGAUAUGGGCUCUGUCCACUUUUCUAUUGGUAUUAUAGUUUAGUCCAAAAGGAACACCAGAAAUAUGAAGAAAAAAAAAAAACUCUCAUCUUUAGAUAUUGCAGAUAUUUUAAAUUUCCUACCAAAAUUAAGUCCAUAUUACUAUGAGAUGUGUUCAUUCAUUAGAUUUUUGUGUAGGUAACCAGUACACAACGAUUUAAAACUAGUUUCAUUAGCCCUCUUCUGACCUGAACCUCUAACCCGAACAUUUUUAUGAGUUUUAUACACCAGCAGUCAAAAGUUUGGACUCACCUUUGUGAUUCAAUGGCUUUUCCUUAUUUUAAUGAAUUCCUACAUCGCAGAUAAAUAGUAAAGACAUCAGAACUAUGACUCAAUACUAUAUAGAAUUGUGUAUCAAACAUAAAAUUGUGAAUUAACUCAAAGCACCUUGUAUAUUUGAGCUUUUUCUAAAUACUUUUUUUGGUCACUCUUGGCCUUCUUUCGAUGAUCUUCAUGAGGUUAGUCACAUGAAAUGGUUUUCCUACAGAGUUCCCAGAGGUGGUGGUAAAAACCAAGACGAAGCAAUGAAUGAGAGGGUGAGUCCAAACCUUUCACUGGUAGUGAUGACGGAUGAUUUCUUUUCCAGAA